AUAUAAAGGGAAAGCCUUUUGUUCAAUCGCCAAACUCUCGUCUUCCAUUCCACCCUCCCGCCCCCGCAUUUUGCCCUACUGUUAAAUCUCUCGCCUCUGGCCAAACUCUUGGAGCGGUGCAAAAGGAGUUUUUCAUUCGUUUGCCAUGUCUCAGGUUGAUAACAGAAACUCUUCAGCAGCUAAACGUGCACGAACGGAUGGUGGCCGCAGGGAAGAUGACUGGACGUGCCCUAGCUGUGGCAAUGUGAAUUUCUCGUUUAGGACAACUUGUAACAUGCGUAACUGCACUCAACCUAGGCCAGCUGACCACAAUUCAAAGUCUGUUCUAAAGCCAGUGCAAGCACCUCAGGGCUACUUAUCUGCAGCUCCCUAUGUAGGAUCUGGUGCACAGUCCUCCAUGUAUAUGGGCGUGCCGCCUUAUGGCUCUUCUGUGUUAAAUGGGACAUCUAUGCCUCCAUAUGAUGUUCCAUUUUCUGGCGGCUCAGCAUAUCAUUACAACUAUGGAAGUCGUUUUUCUGGAGGCAGCCCAUAUCGACCCUUGCAUUUAUCAGGACCCCCUCCUUACACAGGUGGACCAAUUAUGCGAAAUGGUGGGAUGUAUGGUGUGCCACCAAUGAUGGAUCAAUAUGGCCUGGGUUUCCCUAUGAGCCCUGCCAUGGGGCCAGGACCUGGUUUUUUCCCAGAGGGUAAAUCUCAGAACAAAUCUGGUGAUGGAGCUCGUGACAAUGACUGGGCAUGUCCCAAAUGCGGCAAUCUGAAUUUUUCCUUCAGAACAGUUUGCAACAUGAGGAAGUGCAAUACAGCUAAGCCUGGAUCUCAGGGUGGCAAAUCAGGCAAGAAUCCAAGACCAGACAUGCCAGAAGGAAGCUGGAAGUGUGAGAAAUGCAACAACAUCAACUAUCCUUUUAGGACCAAGUGUAACAGACAAAAUUGUGGGGCUGAUAAACCUUCUGAGCCAAAGAAGUCUCCUCCAGAAGCAGCUGACACAAAAGAUCAGUGAGUACUAGGCAUGUUUGAGAAGGUCCAGAGUUGUCGUCCAACAUUGCUCAGUGUGGGUGUCUGAAAGUCAGUCAUGUCAUCUCCCUGUUGCUGCAGUUAUCGAGUUAUUCUGCCUUCUUACAAUUCGUGUCGAGUUGUUGUACUAACUCUCCUGGUAUCUUGUGGUCUUUAUCCUUACAAAUUAUGUGCCAGAUUACUCUGGCUAGAUUAUGAAUCUGGUUGCUUUUGUCUAGGAAUCUGUACUUUUGGUAUCUCAUAUUUUAGUGGUAUGACGUACAUUUCUAGCUAUA